GGGGGGGGGAUGGUGUAUGAGGACCACUCGACCACGGCCGAACAUUUGAAUUGAGGCACCAGGAAUUUGCAAGUCUCGAGCCACAGCUGAUGAACAAAACAAUUUUCUGUAUAUGAUUGGUUUUGGAUCGACCGGCUAAUUUUGAUUAUUUUUUGACUUUUAGUUUAUGGCUGCAUUGAAGAUGAAACUUAUCGGCGAAGAUACAUGAACAUGAAAUUGAUUGUACCUUGAUUUGUUAUUUUCACGAUAAAUUAUACAUCGCAUUGCAGUGACCUUGUUUUUAUAAUUCGAAUUACAUUUCAUCUUCUAGCCAACACUUUGCUUUAGAAUUUGAACUUGAACUUCAAUAAGACUAAAACUAGAAUUAAAGUAACUUGAAGUAGGUAAUUCUAUUUGAUUUUCUUUAAAACUCUAUCAUGGACGGAACGAAGAAACAGGAAGACAUCGACUCAUCAAAGGACAUUAGGAAAACUAAACAAGACCGGGCAAAUGCGAAGAGAAAAUUUAACAGGAAAAUAAUUGGUUUUCAAGAUAUGGUUGAGAGCAAAAGUUUAUUCAUGGCAAUCAAGGCAAAAUUUGAAGAUGUUAUCGACGCAUUCCGUCAGGUAGAAUGCUGUAACGAUUUUGUCACGACGGCAAUCAACGAAACUGGCCCGCACCAUUUAAUCGAUAAGAUGUUGGACGAGUGCGACGAUUAUAUGAUGGAGAUUGAGACAAGUAUGGACAAAGUUAGGACAACAUUUGCGGCUAGAACAAGAGACGAAAAUGUAAAACUGUCGGAAAUUCAUGUAAAACCGUUAAAUUCACCGCAUUUUUCCGGAAAUAUACGCCAAUAUGCCAGUUUUAAGCAGGAUUUCAAUAGACUCAUGACGAAGUAUGGACAAAGUUAGGACAACAUUUGCGGCUAGAACAAGAGACGAAAAUGUAAAACUGUCGGAAAUUCAUGUAAAACCGUUAAAUUCACCGCAUUUUUCCGGAAAUAUACGCCAAUAUGCCAGUUUUAAGCAGGAUUUCAAUAGACUCAUGACGAAGCAAUAUGGACAAGACCCCUAUGCUCUGCGGCAAUGUUUAUCUGGAGAAGCGUUGGACACUAUUAAAGGGAUUGAAGACAAUUAUUCAGAAAUGUUUAAACGCCUUGAUGCAAAAUAUGGAGAACCAAGAAAAUUAAUAGACGCAAUUGUGUUCGAUAUUCAAAAACUAAAACCAGUACCCGAAGGCGACAGCAGAAAAUUCAUCAACAUGGUUGAUGUAAUAGAACGAAAUUGGCUCGAGCUUCAGCGACUGGGUAUGCAACAAGAAAUGAACAAUACGACGAUGGUAACAAUGAUAGAGAAAUUACUUCCAAGAACGCAACAAAGGGAAUGGGUGACAAAAAUGGAUAAUCAAGGAAAUACUAGCAAAAUCGGAGAUUCAACGUUCCAAGCUCUUCUUUCGUAUCUACUCCAAGAAAAGAGAGUAAUGGAAUAUAUGGAGAAUGACGUGAGACAGACCUCCAAUGUAAGCAGACGCCAGGUAAAUCAAACGAUAAAUUCUGCGGAAGCGAAUUCUAGUGAUCAAACGACUACGAAUGACGCGACUGAGAAUGAUAUGAAGAAAAUUUACAAUCAAAUUCAAAAUAUGGCGGAACGAAUGGAAGAUAUAUUUAAAGGCAAUACAGGAAGCAACAAUGCCGGAAAACGGGGCACCGGUGUCACACAAAUGAAACAUAUUGAACGCCGGGCUUGCUGGAUCCAUAAAACUGACUCUCAUCCAAUCAACGAAUGCAACGUGUUUUUAAAUUCAAAUCACGAAGAGAAGCUACGCCUGCUGCGUCAGAACGGAGCCUGCUUUAAUUGUUAAAAGCAAGGUCACAUUGCGGCUUCAUGUACAACAGUAAACCAAUGCGAUAGGUUGAAUCAUUUACGACAAACAUGUGGAAAAAGACAUCAUCCAUAUCUUCAUCUUGACCAACUUCCUACAAGGGAUAUGCCUCCACAAAAUUCUAUUCAUAUAUCGAGCAACAAAAGACAACAAAAUUUACUUGCUGUGAGUUACCUUCGGUGCAAUGACAGGAAUUUAAUAGCCAUGUGGGAUUCCGGCGCCAAUGUGUCAUUGAUAACCCAUAAAGCGGCAUCGACAUUGAAUCUCACAGGUCACGAUACGACAUUGACGAUAACGAAAGUUGGAAACGAAACGCAAGAUUACAACAGCAAACGCUAUGUUGUUCCGUUGAUUGAUGCCAACGGAAAGCAAUGGGAGGUUCACGCGUACGGCAUUGAAGAAAUUACAUCCGCAUUAGAUAAAUUCGACGUAUCUGCAGUGGCACCUUUAUUCCAAAAUAUCCAGCCUAAAGACAUUGAACGACCUCACGGCAACGUUGAUAUGUUAAUUGGCAUUGAUUGCUGUGCGAUCAUGCCAAUUGUUACUGAAACGAUUGGCAAUCUUCAACUAUUAAAGAAUCAAUUUGGAUAUUGCAUUCGCGGUUGUCUCACUGGAGAAGUGGCUUCUUCCAGACAAGUUCAGAUCAUCCGUGGUUCCAAUAUUUGUGAUGUAAACAAUAUUUACGUUGAACCAUUGACCAGUUUGAAAAGAAAAUUAGACGAAUAUUUCACGGUUGAAAAUCUUGGGACAUGUUGCACUCCUCGAUGCGGUGGUUGCAAGUGUGGCAAAUGCGCUACAGGUACCGGUUGCUACAGCCUACAAGAAGAACGGGAAUUGCGACUGAUAAAGGACGGGCUAGUGUACGAUCACAAGCGGGGAAAAUUCACUGCGCAUUAUCCUUGGAUUAGAGACCCAAAUGAACUCCCUAACAACGUAACCAUCGCCGAAGCAAGAAUGAGAGCCACGGAAAGAAGGUUGCUCAAGAUGGGAAAUGAUCAUGCAAAAGCCUACGACGCGCAAAUACGAGAUAUGGUAGCAAGAGGAGUAGCUAGAAAAUUAUCCAGAGAAGAAAUGCUACACUUUGAAGGGCCGAUACACUAUUUAUGUCACCAUGAAGUUGUAAAGCCCGAUUCAGUAUCAACACCCCUGCGGAUUGUCUUUAACGCGUCAGCGUCAUUCAUGGGACAUGUAUUGAAUGAUUACUGGGCGAAAGGUCCAGAUUUUAUUAACAACCUUUUCGGAGUAUUACUUCGAUUCAGAGAAGAAUCAAUUGGACUGGUGGGGGACAUCAGCAAGAUGUACCAUUCCAUUGAAUUGGCUGAGAGGGACCAGCACGUGCACCGUUUCUUGUGGCGGAACUUGAAUAUAAGCCAGGAACCCACGCAUUACAUGAUGCUAGCAGUGACAUUCGGAGACCGACCAAGCGGAACAAUCUCGAUGGUAGCGUUAAAUUUGAUAGCCGAAAUGAAUCGAAGCAUAUGUGAAAGGGCCACGGAAAUGAUAUUGAAAAACAGCUACGUUGAUGACCUGAUCCAGUCAGGGCCACGGUAUGAAGACGCGCAUUCCCUAGCAGAAGAGGUGCAAGGUAUGUUGCAAAAGGGCGGUUUUAAUGUAAAGCACUGGAUUAUAUCUGGCGAUGACAACGUUUCCGCAGCAAAAUCUGACGUUACACUUUUGAAUGUUGAUGAAGAAAAGGUGCUCGGCAUGCGUUGGUUGCCUAAGCAGGAUCAUUUCAUGUUUCAAGUCAAAAUCAACUUUUCGCAACGGCAGAAAAGGGUACCGACUGGACCUGACGUAACGAAAACGAACAUCGAUGCUGUGUUUCCAAGGGUAUUAACCAGAAGAAUGGUUUUGGGCCAGGCAGCGCGUAUUUAUGACCCUCUAGGGUUUAUUGCGCCAGUUACGAUAACUUCCAAAAUUCUACUCAGAACAUUGAUAUCCAGAAAGGCCAAUGAACAAGAAACUUCGACAUCAUCUGUAUGGGAUGACCCAAUACCUGAGGAAAGCAGAAACGACUGGAAGUUGUUUUUCAAGGAUUUAUACGAAUUAGAGAAUGUGACCAUUGCAAGAUGUUUGAAGCCAAAAGAAGCCAUCGACGAUCCAGUUUUAAUCGUCUUCUCUGACGCCAGUAUCCAAGCUUAUGGAGCGUGUGCAUAUGUGCAAUGGGAACUUAGUACUGGAAAAUAUGAAGCAAGGCUAAUUGCAGCAAAACACAGGAUAGCACCAGCGAGACAGCUAACGAUUCCCCGAUUAGAGCUUUGUGCAGCUGUACUGGGAUGCAGAUUGCGAGAGACAAUUGAGCGAGAAAUGGAGUACUCCUUCAAAUCAAUAUUUCAUCUUGUCGACUCUGCAAUUGUCCGAGCACAAGUUCAAAAGGAAUCCUACGGGUUCGGUACGUUUGUCGCGACGAAGAUAGCUGAAAUUCAAAAUAAAUCUGAUCCGGGAGAAUGGUGGUGGAUAGCCACUCGGGACAAUCCCGCCGAUUUGGUGACAAGGCCCACUAGUCCCAAUCAAAUCGGACCCAAGUCUAUCUGGCAACAAGGGCCAGAUUUUUUACAAUUACCAGUGGAACAGUGGCCGAUAAGUCAAGCAGUACCAGACCAAGAGCUUCCAGACCGCAUCGGAGUACACGUGAUGAAUAUUGAAAAUCAAGAGGAAAAAGUGGGUAUAGGAGAAAUUGUAAACGUGGACAAGUUCAACAGUUACAACAAGCUGCUAGGAGUUACAGGACGAUUUAUACAGCUGAAAACGGACAAGACAUUGAAAUCCAUCAGCAAGUCACCAACUGCUGAGCAUCUGCAACAGGCAGAAGCAAUGUGGAUCGAACAUGUUCAAAAAGCGCUGUUGAAAACCGAUUGGAAAAUUCGAUUCCGACGUCUGGGACCGAGCAUUAACAGUGAUGGCGUCAUAGUUGUUGGACAAAGGAUAACGAAGUGGCUUAAAGACAAUUGGAACCAAGACGCAUUUGUCCUUCUUCCAGCAGACCACAGAUUCACCACAUUGUUUAUCAAACAUGUACAUGAUUGUGAUCAUGCUGGUGUUGAAGUGACAUUGGCCAAAGUGCAAAAGAAAUUUUGGGUUCCAAGAGCACGCAAAAUCAUCAAACAAAUCAAGAAUGAUUGUGUUACCUGCCGACGGAUCGACAAGAAGCUACAGAGUCAGGUCAUGGGAGAACUUACACUUGAAAGACUCCAACCAUCUCCGGCAUUCUAUCAUACCUCUCUGGACCUUUUUGGACCGUUUCUGAUAAGGGAUACGGUGAAGAAACGAACAAGAACGAAAGCCUAUGGGGUCAUUUUCACCUGCAUGGCUACCAGGGCGGUAUACCUCGAUAUAGUUGAUGGCUAUGCUGCCAAAGAUUUCUUGGUAACCUUUCGCCGUUUCGUGACAAUUCGAGGAUAUCCCGCAUCCAUUCAUUCGGAUAUGGGGUCACAAUUAGUUGCAGCCAACAAAGAGCUCCGGAAUAUGUCAGAAAACUUAGACUGGUCUGAAAUUUGUCGGUCUGGUGCAUUGCAAGGGCUGACAUGGACAUUCAACAAAUCAGCUGAUGCACCGUGGCAGAACGGCUGCAGCGAGUCAUUGAUCCGUCUCGUGAAGAGAGCCCUGUUGAUCGCUAUAGGAGAUAGCGUGCUCACGGUGGGAGAACUGCAAACUGUGCUCUUCGAAGUCGCUAACUUGUUGAAUGAAAGGCCGAUAGGUCACAGACCAGGGGCCGACCCAGAGCUUGGCUCUUAUCUGUGCCCAAAUGAUCUGAUUUUGGGACGAACGGGCAUUGCGGUCCCACAAGGGCCCUUGGCUACGACAGCAAAACUUUGUCACAGACAGCAAGCCAUUCAGCGAGUCGUGACAUCGUUUUGGAAAAAAUGGCAACGGGACUAUUUCUCAACUUUACUCGUACGACAGAAAUGGCAUGUAGAGAAACGGGAUAUGAAAGCUGGUGACAUUGUCCUGGUCCAAGACAACAACGCACUUCGAGGGCAAUGGAAACUAGCGGAAGUAAAGGAGGCAUUGGUGGGUCAAGAUGGGAAAGUUAGAAACGUCAUACUAAGAUACAAAUGUCAGUCGCGCGACAAGAGCGAAUACACAGGGCAAGCUGACACAAUAAUCACACGAUCAGUACACCGCUUGGUUCUCAUCCUCGAAGCUGAAGAUCCUACCGGCGCUGAAGUCGUCGCUACCGGCGGGGGGAGUGUAUGAGGACCACUCGACCACGGCCGAACAUUUGAAUUGAGGCACCAGGAAUUUGCAAGUCUCGAGCCACAGCUGAUGAACAAAACAAUUUUCUGUAUAUGAUUGGUUUUGGAUCGACCGGCUAAUUUUGAUUAUUUUUUGACUUUUAGUUUAUGGCUGCAAUGAAGUAAGUUUGUAAUUUAUCUUAUUAUCUGUUUAAGUAUUAUUUUCGUCCUUUCAUCUAUGUCAUUUAGAAGUGUGAAGCCUUUGUGACCUUUGUGCACUAUUUGUUACAGGAUGAAACUUAUCGGCGAAGAUACAUGAACAUGAAAUUGAUUGUACCUUGAUUUGUUAUUUUCACGAUAAAUUAUACAUCGCAUUGCAGUGACCUUGUUUUUAUAAUUCGAAUUACAGAUGGGAGGGGGACAAACUGUAUUCGCCACCGACACUUAUCACCUCCAAACAAUGAGAUGACUGGCGCAAUGCGUAGCCCCCGCCACCCGUGACCGAUCCAGCGCUGCUCCGUCUGCUCAUCACUCACCGG